GGCCUGACCUGGGCCCCAGGCUUUACCGCCCCAGACGCCGCGAGCUUUCCGAGCAGGCUGUGGAGCGCCUGGCCUGGGCUAUGGAGCUGAGGGGCCCGCUCUCCUGGGCAUGCUGCCUGGUGAGCAGCUUGUAUUUCUGCUCUGCCUUUGUUCUCCCAGGCGGGGACUCUGCCCCUGCGUCCCCAAUUCAGGAUCCUGCUGUAGGACAGUUUUGGCAUGUGACUGACUUACAUCUAGACCCUACAUAUCACAUCACUGAGGAUCAUACAAAAGUAUGCUCAUCAUCCAAGGGUGCGAAUGCUUCCAAUCCUGGCCCCUUUGGAGAUUUUCUAUGUGAUUCUCCAUACCAACUCAUUUUAUCAGCAUUUAAUUUCAUUAAAAGUUCUGGACAACAAGCAUCUUUCAUGAUAUGGACUGGGGAUAGCCCUCCUCAUGUUCCAGUAAAGGAACUCUCUACAGAUGUUGUCAUAAAUGUUAUUGGCAAUAUGACAACCACCAUCCAAAGCCUCUUUCCCAAUUUGCAGGUUUUCCCUGCUUUGGGCAAUCAUGACUACUGGCCUCAGGAUCAACUGCCUAUAUCUACCAGCAAAGUAUAUGAGGCUGUAGCGAACUUCUGGAAACCUUGGUUAACUGAGGAAGCCAUCCAUACUUUGAGGAAAGGGGGCUUUUAUUCACAGACCGUUCCAUCCCAUCUGAGCAGUCAGUCCCUCCGGAUCAUCAGUCUAAACACAAACUUGUACUAUAGCCCCAAUGCUGUCACUUUCAACCAGACAGACCCAGCAAAUCAGUUUGAGUGGCUAGAGAACACACUGAACAGCUCUCGGCAAAAUAAAGAAAAGGUGUAUGUGAUAGCACAUGUACCAGUGGGAUAUUUACCAUGUUCAAGAAAUACAACUGCUAUGAGAGAAUAUUACAAUGAGAAACUGAUUGGUAUUUUCCACAAAUACAGUGAUAUUAUUGCAGGACAAUUUUAUGGACACACUCACAGGGAUAGCAUUAUGGUCCUUUCAGAUAGAAAAGGAAAUCCAGUCAGUUCCUUGUUUGUGGCUCCUGCUGUGACACCAGUGAAGAAUGUUCUAGAAAAGCAAACCAACAACCCUGGAGUCAGACUGUUUCAAUAUGAUCCUCAUGAUUAUCGAUUGCUGGAUACUUGGCAGUAUUAUUUAAAUCUCACAGAGGCUAACAUGAAAGAAGAACCCAGCUGGAAAUUGGAGUACAUCAUGACAAAGGCUUAUGGAAUUGAAGACUUGCAGCCAAAAAAUUUAUAUGAGUUAGCUAAGCAAUUUGCAGUCUUAGAUAGUAAACCAUUCUUAACAUACUACAAGUAUUUCUUUGUCAGUUAUGACAGUGAUAUAAUUUGCAGUAGAAAAUGUAAGAUUUAUCAGAUUUGUGCAAUUAUGAGUCUUGACCAGGCAUCCUAUACAGACUGCCUCAAGCAAUAUGGCCUCCAGCAUAGGCAGUAGUUAAUUCUCCAUUAAAAUAAAAAAAAAAAGAAAA